GAGGUGGCGAGUUCGGAGGCGGCGUCGUCUCCCUCCUCCUCCUCCCCACCCCCAACCCCAAACCCUAAACCCCCGACCCUCCACCGCUGCGUCGCCCUCCUCCAAACAUGCCCCAAAACCCUAGCCGCGCUCAAGCAGAUCCACGCCCACGCCAUCCGCACGCGCGUUCCCCUCGCUCACCCGCUCCUCGCCAAGCACCUCGUCUUCGCCCUCGCCGCGCUCUCCCCCUCCCCCUUGCCCUACGCCCACCGCGUCUUCUCCCUCGUCCCCAACCCCACAGUGUUCACCUUCAACACCAUGAUCCGCGCCUACGCCGAGAGCCCCAUCCCCGGCCCCGCGCUCCUCGUCCACCGACGCAUGCGCGCCGCGGGCGCGCCCCCCGACUCCCACACUUACCCUUUCCUCCUCAAGGCCCUCGCCAAGCUCAUGGCGCUCCGCGACGGCGAAAAGAUCCACGCCCAAUCCCUCAAGAACGGCCUAGAAACCUUGGUGUUCGUGCAAAACAGUUUGGUCCACUUCUACGGCGCCUGCGGCCUUUUUGAGAGCGCUUACAAGGUGUUCGAGAGAAUGCCCGAGAGGAAUCUCGUUACCUGGAACUCGAUAAUUAAUGGGUUCGCGUUGAAUGGUAGGCCUAAUGAGGUGCUUACUCUGUUCAGGGAGAUGACCGCGGAAAAUGGCGGCGGUGGUGGUGACGUCGAGCCCGACGGGUUCACUCUGGUUAGCUUGCUAUGCGCCUGCGCUGAGCUGGGCGCAUUGGCGUUGGGACGGAGGGUUCACCUUUAUCUCAUUAAGGUUGGGUUGUAUCGGAAUUCGCAUGUGGGGAAUGCGCUUAUAGACUUGUAUGCGAAGUGUGGGAGCGUCGAGGAUGCUCACAAGGUGUUCGAUGAAAUGGGCGUGGCAAAGACGGUGGUGUCGUGGACUUCUUUGAUUGUGGGAUUGGCGCUGAAUGGGCUUGGUGAGGAAGCCCUCGAGUUGUUUCGUGUCAUGGAGAGGGAGCGUCUUGUCCCGACGGAGAUCACAUUGCUCGGGGUGCUGUACGCUUGCAGCCACUGCGGGUUGGUCGAUGACGGGUUUAGGUACUUUGACAGAAUGAGAGAGGAGUACGGCAUCGUACCGAAGAUUGAGCACUACGGUUGCAUGGUUGAUCUGUUGGGAAGAGCUGGUCGGGUCGAGGAGGCGCACGACUACAUAGCAAACAUGCCGUCGGAGCCAAAUGCCGUGGUGUGGAGGACCUUGCUCGGCGCUUGUGCGAUGCACAAGAAACUGGAUCUCGGGGAGGCCGCAUGGGCUCGGCUUGUGGAACUUGACCCUGGACAUAGCGGCGACUACGUGCUUCUAUCUAACCUCUAUGCCGCAGUUGGGAGGUGGGCGGACGUGCACAGGCUUCGACGGAGCAUGUUGAAGGGCGGAGUGAGGAAAACGCCCGGCCAUAGCCUCGUCGAAUUGGGCAACUACGUGUACGAGUUUGUGAUGGGAGAUAGGUCGCAUCCCGAGAGCGAGAAGAUAUACGAGAAGCUCGAAGAAAUUGCGAAGAGGCUAAGACUAGAAGGGUACGCUCCGCGGACGACCAAUGUGUUGGCUGAUAUUGAAGAGGAGGAAAAGGAGACCGCGCUGAACUACCACAGUGAGAGGCUGGCCAUUGCUUUUGCACUGCUUAAGUCGGCGCCUGGGACGCCGAUUCGGAUAGUGAAGAACUUGAGGGUGUGCGCAGAUUGCCAUUUGGUGACUAAACUUAUUUCGAAGAUUUAUGAGAGAGAAAUUGUGGUGAGGGAUCGGAGUAGAUUCCAUCAUUUUAGAGGGGGAGCAUGUUCUUGCAAGGAUUAUUGGUAAACUGAUAGUUUAUGUAAUUUAAAAUCACAAUUUUGGCUAAGAGGUGAAGAACAUAAAAGAAGCUACACUUCUCUUUCGCAAUUCGAAUGUUAAUGUAUCUACUAAUUAAGAAGGUGAAGCUGUUUAAGAAAGAGAUUUACUUGAACAACAAUUAUACAAAUUUGUUCAGGCGAAACAUGAACCCACCUGUUGUAAAUCUCAUAUCAUACGAAAUAUUUGCAAUCCUUCGUUCAGAAAUAAAAUUUGUGAUGGAUGAA